GGCGCCGUGAUGCUGGAGCAGGACGGCGGGCUCUCCCUCACCAUAGCGCGGAUAGUGCAGCGACUGAAGGGCUCCAGCCUCCACUCCCAGCUGGAGCGACAGGCCCGGAUCAGCCUACACAACCCAGAAAUUAAACUGGAAUCACUAAAAGAAGAUAUUAAGGAUUUUCUGAAGACAUCAGGUUGGGAAAAGAAGCUUCAGAAUGCUGUUUAUAGUGAACUCAAUGUGUUUCCUUCACCCUGUCAUCCUGCAGCACCUCCUGAGCAUAUGAAAGAACCUUUGGCUUAUAUGAGGAAAGCACAGGGAAGCUGGGAGAAGCGAAUUCUAAAAAGUCUAAAUAGUAUGUGCACAGAACUCAGUAUCCCACUAGCACAGAAGAGGCCUGCAAGUGAGCAGAAAGAGCUGCUUAAUAAAUGGAAUGAAAUGGGAACUGAUGAACCAGAUUUAAGUCUCUUCAGACCUGUUUAUGCACCUAAAGAUUUUCUUGAGGUUCUGAUGAAUCUUCGAAACCCAAAUUAUGAAAAUGGAGAACAGCCUAGUUUCAGAAAUCAUCUGGGGCUAAUUCAAGUUCCUCUAAAAGUUAAAGAUAUUCCAGAAUUGAAAGAAGACUUCAGUGAACUAGACUUAAACAUAGGACAACUGGGUAUUGAUGAUUCAGCACAAGUGCCUCCUGAGUUCUUUGAAAAUGAGCAUGUACGUAUUGGACAAAAAGUUUUAGCAGAACAAGAUAGUGCUGCAGCUCAACAAUAUGUUCGUCAGGGAUGUCCAACAGCACUCCGAGCUGAUCUAUGGGCCCUCAUUCUGAAUAUUUCUAAUCAGCCAGAGGAUAUCUUGUAUUAUGAGCAGCUUAAGUCAAAUGUGAUUCAGCAUGACCUCUUAGUGGACAGCCUGAUUUACAAAGAUGUAAAGCUAACGGCAAGCAAUGAUGACUACUAUUUUGUAUUUGAGGAUUAUUUAUAUCAGGUAUUACUCUGUUUUUCACGAGAUACUUCAGUAUUGGAGCACUUUGCUUACAGCAGUGCUACUCCACCUAAAUCGUACAUACAAGGAAAACUUGGAAUAGAAGAGUAUGCUGUUUUCUAUCCACCAAACGGUGUCAUCCCAUUUCAUGGCUUUUCUAUGUAUGUUGCUCCACUUUGUUUUCUGUACCACGAACCUUCCAAAUUGUAUCAGAUAUUCCGUGAGAUGUAUGUGCGUUUUUUCUUCAGACUCCAUUCUAUCUCUUCUCAUCCCUCUGGCAUUGUGUCAUUGUGUUUGCUGUUUGAGACUCUUCUACAAACUCAUCUGCCUCAACUCUUUUAUCACCUUCGAGAAAUUGGGGCUCAGCCACUACGAAUUUCAUUUAAAUGGAUGGUACGAGCAUUUUCUGGUUAUUUAGCUACAGAUCAGCUCUUGCUCCUGUGGGACAGAAUCCUAGGGUACAACUCCCUAGAAAUUCUUGCUGUCCUGGCAGCUGCUGUAUUUGCUUUCCGAGCAGUCAACCUGAUGGAGGUGACAUCAUUGGCUGCAGCUGAAGCUGUUCUUGCUGACCUUUCAACCCUGAAGGUUAUGCCACUUCUUCAAAUCUUCUUGUUUGCUACUGUUACCUGAUCUGCUUCAACAAUACUGAUACCGCGUUUCCAGCCUCUCAUGAGAAGCUAAUGAUCAACUAUGCAAUGUCUGCAUAAAACCAAAAUUAAACUGUAUGUACAAUAUUCAUUUAGAAAUCUUAAUAGAAUUUUCUAACUGAAAACAGUAACGUCACACAGAAGUGUGUGUAGUGCAUGCUGCUGACUUUCACUGCAACAAUGGUUAUUACUUGUACAUUAAGAAUGACAACUUGUGCAAAGAAAUGAUUAUGAAUCAGUGUCUAAAAUGCAUGUAAUAUAUAAUAAAUAAUGUAAUUCUUCACUUGA